UCGAGUAUCCCAUAUAUAUAGACAUAUACAAAACAAUUGAAACAAUAUGAAAAUCUGACGUAGGUAUGAAAAAUCCGGAAAAAAACUACUACAAAAAUUAUUUAGGUAAAUUAUUUAAUAUUUUAAACGAAUUUGGAGUUAAAAUUUGACCGUCCCAAUGAGCCGUCGCUGUGUGGUCUGUGGCAAGGAAUUUGCCAGUGAUGCCAUCGAUUCCGCGUGUCAUUAUCCCAAAAAUCAGAAAGAGGCACAGAUUUGGCAGAAAAGUUUGGGAACCUUCGCUUCCUCUGUAGAGAGUAUUGCUAAAUACUGCUGUGUCUGUAUCGAGCAUAUACCACAGUUUGUGGAACGCACUCAGAAGGAGGCGUCACUCAUUAAGGACCAAUGCAAUCAGAAAAAUUGGAAGACACCACCUUUAAAUCGACCUUCUCUCCAGGUACUUCUUCUGUCAGGUGCUACGUUGUCCCCUUGUUUCGACACAUCCAAAUCGGGAGAUAAUGACCAGAAGGAAGACAGUUUGGACGAAGAAAUCUUUGUGAGGGAAUCCGAGUAUAAGGAUUGUGGUCUCCCCAUGCUUAACAUUGAAGACACGAAAGUGAAAACCAGUCAAGAAUGCGGAGAUAUUGGUAGCCUGUGCAACUGCACGGAUGUUUUAUUGCUGGGCCGCAGUCAGCCCGUCACUCAUCCAUGCAAAUGCGAGGCAUGUUCCCCAAAGCCACAUAUACAAAACGUUGAUCAGUGUAGCAGUGUCGAGUGUAAAUGCCAAAUGCGCCUGCAGAUGGGAGGAAUAAUCCAAAAGCAACAACAGCGUAUCUCUGAGCUAGAGACUAUGCUCUGUCGCCAGAACGAGUGGUAUAUGACGUUACAGCACAAAAUGAAUGAGUUAUAUGCUGAUUUUGGCCGCUUAGGUCAUAUUGACACAUUCAACGAUAAUCAAAAUCAGCAUCCAAGUCAGAAACAGCUAAGUUCAAAGGCCGAAUCUGAACACACAAUAGCAUCCAACAGGCAAGGAUGCAGGUGUCCAACUAAUAACAUGCAGCCAAAGUAACGGAUCUUUCGUGUAUACUCUACAGUAUAAAUCAUAGUUUUCGAUCUCAUUGAACUAAUCAAUAAAUAUACAUGUCUAAAAAUA